AUGGUUUUCUGCAUGAUAUGUAACGCUCAAGUAACCUACAAAUCAACACGGGCGUUAUCGGCAAAUCGUCAAUGUCUUGGCAUCUUAUUAUCCUCACUUAUGCUUUUCGAAUAUGCCGAUGUGAAACAGAUGCGGGAAGCGUAUGCGGAAUGUGGAAAACAGAAUAAGCGCCUAUGUGAAGGUCAUCAUGCCCGAGCAGCGUAUUUUCUUAUUGCUGAAAUGGAAAAAUUUGGUGCGCUAUCGCGUUACAAAGAACCAGGAGCGCGUAACGGUACCGUUUAUGUGAAUGAGGGAGAUAUUCCUCAGGAGAUUUUAGACUCUCUUAAUGCUACUGUUAAGAAACUGGACUUAGAAAAUGUCCUCACACCAAGGAACUUAGCUACUUUCUUAAAUGAUGCAUUAGUGCGAUACUUCAGCGGGAACGAAUGGUACAAAGGCGUAGCGUGUUCUAAAAUGCCUGGCUACAGCGAUCUCUCGAAAAGCUUCAAAGGAAGAAGGAGACCGGCUAGAGUGAUCGACACCAACAAUGUUCGCACUCUUCAGCUGGUUGGAUUCUUGAAGGUGGGCAUGCGUCCUUCCAGCAGUAUGGACGAUAGCACGAACACGAGUAGCGGUGAGGAGAGCGUCCAACGUCUUCCCGCUGCUGAAUCAGAGUCUUUAUUUGAGCAUCCUUUCAUCAAACUUGAACCAUGUUCCGACGAAUCGAAGCCAGUAGCGAAGUACAUUCUACAUUACAGCGCUGAUGUUAAGAUUGAGCCUUCUGUCUGA